AUGGCCGUCGUCAAACCCCCGAACCCGCUACCACCGGACGAAAAUAUCAACCCAUCGCUGAUUGGCAUAUCUGGUACGCUUAUAGCCUUUGUCAUCAUCACCAGCAUCCUCCGCUUGUGGGUGCGUCUCGCGCGCCGCAACCUGGGAUGGGACGACUACACCAUGGCCAUGGUGACGGUCCUCGCCACGGCUCGAUUCGGAGUACAGGUUGCGCAGGGUACAUUUGGAAACGGGCGACACAGGUGGUACCUCGAGAAACACGAUUAUCAGACUAGCAACAUGUUGGGCUGGUUCGCGCAGAUUCUCCUGUUCGCAAGCAUCUGCUUGCUCAAGUGUUCGAUCAUGCUUCUUCUCCUACGCAUCAAGAACACGAAGCCGCUGAAAAUCACCCUGUAUAGCGUUAUGGCUGGGCUUGUUGUGACGAACUUUGGCUGUAUCAUCAUCCUGCUGGCGGAGUGUGAUCCUGUCUCGGCGUACUGGACAGGUGUUGGCACGUGCUGGGAACCAAAGAUUCGGAUCUACUCGAUCUAUCUGACGAUCUGGGUAUAUGCCAGAACCGCCAUCUAUUCCAAUGCCGAGCUGUUCCUGGGUAUCAUCGCCGCCAACGUUGCCCUGUCUCGCCAGAUCUAUGUCUAUUUUUUUGGCGAGAAAGAAACCCCGACCAACUCCUCCUACGCCCCAAACUCGCAAUCUCGCUCCGCCUACUUGGCGAGCAAGCUCCGUGGAGACAACGUUGGGCGCCCUGAGACGUAUGUCCAGGCGGGGCGCAGGGGAUCGAACGCCAAAAGCGACCACAGUGACAUCCCACUGGAGCCUGGUAUCCAGAAGAGAACCGAGGUCUGGAUCUCAGAGGAAGAUUUGGACAGUGAUGGACCGGCAGAUGGAAAGAACAGGCAGCAGACCGGAUGGACGCGGUAG